UUAUUUUCCACUUUUAAUUUCAUAUCUGGUUGAAUUUCUCAAGGUUUUCCGGUAAGAUCUGAUGUGUAGCCUCGUCAAACCUGAGAGGGAUCAACGAUGACCAAAGAAGGGAAUGGAAAGGCCGUAGAGGGGGAUUUUGUUUGGUAAUUAAAGAAAAAUUAAAAGGUGGUUCAUUGCUGUUCUUCUCAGGGAGGCUUGUCUUUCCCCAAAUACCCUAUUCAUCUAAUCUGAAUUGUGGUGUUUGGGGUUAUGUAGUAUUCGAUACCAGUCACAGUCGCCGAUUUUCAAUGAAGUUCGUGGUUUCGUUGGAUAAAUAGCAACAUUAGGUAGAAGAAAAAUAAAAUUGAAGAAAAUGGAGGCCCGACCGUGCAAGGGGUCCGAAUAUAUUGAAUCUGCUGAGAAAGAUGAGUCACUGAUGGAGCUAGGAUUUGGGGAUUUUGGGUGCACGCAUUACAGAAGGCGAUGCAAGAUUAGAGCCCCUUGUUGCAACGAGAUCUUCGAUUGCAGGCAUUGCCACAACGAAGCAAAGAACUCAAUCGAUGUUGAUCCACUUGAUAGGCAUGAAAUUCCUCGCCAUGAAGUUAAAAAGGUCAUAUGUUCAUUGUGUGGCACAGAACAAGAUGUUCAACAAAAAUGCAUCAACUGUGGGGUUUGCAUGGGGAAGUACUUCUGUGAGAAAUGCAAGUUCUUUGAUGAUGAUGUCUCGAAGCACCAAUAUCACUGUGAAGAAUGUGGGAUCUGCAGAACUGGGGGACAGGAAAACUUUUUCCACUGCAGUAAAUGUGGAUGCUGUUAUUCAAUAUUGUUGAAGGAUUCACACCGUUGUGUUGAGAGAGCAAUGCACCAUAACUGCCCUAUCUGCUUUGAGUACAUCUUUGAUUCAACUAAAGACAUCACUGUCUUGCCAUGUGGACACACAAUACAUUUGGAUUGUCUCAAUCAGAUGAAGCAGCACUUGCAGUUUUCAUGCCCAGUGUGCUCAAGAUCAAUUUGUAACAUGUCCAAAGUGUGGGAAAUGCUCGAUCAGGAGAUUGCUUCAACGCCUAUGCCUGAAAUUUACCAAAACAAGAUGGUGUGGAUCUUGUGCAAUGAUUGUGGAUCAUCAUCCAAUGUAAAUUUCCACAUUGUGGCACACAAGUGUUUAAGCUGCAAAUCUUACAAUACCAAGCAGAUCCGUGGAGGUCCUGCUUCAUGCUCAUCAAGCAUUUCAGAGAUGGUUAGAUAAAGGCUGCAUUUGCAUGAUCAGACCUUCCCAUUAGGACUGUUCUAAAGAUGGGUUUGUCUUCCUUUGACAUGGAUGGAAAAGCCAUGAUGAGUGUAUUUGAAUGGGCAAAUAUGAAAACAGGGAGGAGAAAAUGAAAGUGUCCAUUCCUUCAACAUUGGCUAUUCUUUAUUUCACUUGUCGGGGAAGGGGGCAGAAUUUGUCUUCUCAAAAUGGUAAAUUAAUAUCACUACCGAGUCACCAGGAUAGCAUAUAUAGCUUACACCCAUUCUUAUGUCAUUGUGCGUGGUUUAAAAGUGUUCCCAUACUGAUCCAGAUAGUUCACAUGAGUUGCUUAUUAAAUUCUGGGAGGGCAAAAUCCAAGGGAAUAGAGGUAAAUUUAAUUUAUUUGGUUCACUAGAGUUCAUGCUUGGGCUCAAAGGAAAGGACUGAUGCAAAAGAAGAAACCAGAGGAGGCUAUAGAGCCAAACAACACAAAUGGCAGAGAACAUCCUAUAUGAUGUUGGUUAUCUCAUUUAUUUCGGGAAGAACCUGUGCAUAGUUUACAUUUUACCUUCCAAAUGCAUUCUUUCUUAACCUUCAUUUCUUAGUUCUCUAUGUUUGUGAAUGCUACUUCUAGCACCUCUUUUUUUUUUUGUAUCAGACAUGAACACAAGCUCAGCAUGGGAGUUUGACUUCUUUAUUAUCCUGUUUUCAACAAUGUUUGCAAGCCGUUGUUUACCCA